AUGUUCGUGACUAAGACUAAACCUCCUGUCAAGUACCACCCAGAUCACAUCUAUACCUUCAAGCAGUUUGAAUUACUUAACGAUUGGCUCAAAACCAACGAGUUGUUAAUUGACAACACGCCAAUCAACCAUUUCGAACUUGACAAGAAGGGAAGGCUCAUCCCUAUGCUACAAACACCCAUUUUCAAGGAAGCUACUGUCGGGAAUAUCUAUGGGCAACUUGACCGGUGGAAUGUCCAGACUCGGCAAAACGGUGUUCCUACUUGCUCACAGGGGGGCUUUAAUCUCUCUACGACUGGAGGAAGAACAAUCAGGGCCCCUGAUGUUGCCUUCACCCCAAGCGAAACGUAUCGUAAUUUGACUCACCAACAACUCAUGACCUUUCAAGGCCAACCUUUCCAUCCAACCUUUGUCGUAGAGGUCGAGGAUGUUUCCGCUGACUCGAAGCUUGAAGAGCUCAAGGACAAAUUCAAGACCGUUUAUUUUCCUGCGGGUGUCCAACUAGGUUGGUUGGUGGAUCCAGUGAAUAGGAAUAUCUACGUAUUCAAGGAAGAUAUAAAUGGAGUCGUGCGCUGCCUGAAUAAGGGAUGGAGGGAUGUUGCCGGUGGGGAUGUGUUGCCAGGUUUUGUACUUGAAGUCCGGUUAAUCGAUGAAGUCCUCUCGCAGGAAUCUUCGGAGUCUUCUUCGGAAUCGGAUGGUGACCUCACAUGCCCCAAAUGCAAUGAAAUCUUCGAUGACUGGCAUACAUUUCUAAAACACUGCGAAUACGAACAUGCGCGCAAGAAGCAGAAAUCGAUUGCCGAUCUGUCUAAGUGUGAUAAAACGGCUCUCCGAUCGGGUCCGACCGGCACGGUGACCAAGAACCAUGCUACCGAAACCCUUAGAAAUCCUUCGAGCUCUGCGACCUUCUACGAGCCUCUCGAAGCGUCACUGAAACCUUUAGUCAUAGAAUUGUUCAUCAUAUAG